ACCAUCCACAGGUUCAAAAUGACUAGUGUUAAAUUUUCUAGAUUAAAAACGAUCAAAUAUGACAAUGAAGGAAAUAUUGUUGUUGCUAUAGAAACAUAUGACAUGAAAAACAACUCCAAAACAGUUGGUGAUGACGUAAUAGUCGUUUGGGCCAGCCAAUCAGACGGGGACGGGCUUGUUUCCGGCCACGUGAUCGACCACAAAAAUGGCUCCUACACGGGCACAGUUAAAGUUUUCUGGACCGGAUUUACAAAAGUGAAUGUAAAAUUGGCCUCAUCGCUUGAAAAUACUUGCCUUCGACUGAAAGCCUUAAAGAAGUACGGAAAUACAGUCUUUGCGAUGCAGAAAGCGUGGGGUAUAAGAGGAACCUUCAGAACGAAUCUUAUUCGGGAGGAUACUGUUUGUGGGACCAAUCAAAAGAUUUUUGGUUUCAAAGAUGUGUGCAAUUUUACAUCCCUUAAUGGUGGUAUGUCAUGGUUUUGUGGAAAACCGAAACACACAAAACUACCAUGUUCCAGUAUAGAUUCGUUCGGUACCGGACGUAUUGAUACUAGUAUGGUAGGUCAGAGUGAAAGGAUACAAAAUAAUGGACAUGGAAUAUUUAACCAGAACUUAUUAUUAGAUAUACAAAACUAUCGCACGGGAAAGAGAAACUGUUCAUGCAGCUUGCGUCCACCAUUAUUGUCAUGGAAAGAAUCUGAGCCUAGCGGAUUCUGGUUAGAUAGUCAUUGGAAUUUUGUGAAAUGUUACAGCAGUAUUAAGCACGAUAUAGCUCCGUAUAGACAGUGUUUGAAAAAUAAAAAUGUUGUAAUUAUCGGAGACUCGACCCUGAGACAGUACGCGGCAUAUUUUAUCAGAUACAUUUUAGGACUUGGACCUGUUGAUAUGAAAGGUUCAAAGGGUCCAAAUGGACAAUAUCAUGGCUACAAACUAUUCAAAGGUUCUGGAAUAAAUUUAAUGUAUAUAAAGCACGAGAUGCCACUUCACAAUCCAAAUUUGCCAGCGAAAGAUAUUUCCUCCGUGCCUCAGAUACUACGUACCAUGGAGGAUAAUGACUUAGAAGAUAACUCUCUGAUUUUAAUUAUCAACUAUAAUUCCCAUUUUUCCGCUCAUCCGCCAUCAAAAUUCAGGGAACGGAUACGAUAUUUAGCAAUAGCCAUUGAAAGUUUUCUGAGCAGAAAACCAAGAACUAAAAUACUCUUUAAAGGACCACAUCUUUGUAUAAACGAUGCACGUUGGUUUGAUCCGAGAAUUUCAUUGCUUUAUAAACAAAUUGUUAGAGAAGAGUUUUCAAAACUAAUGAAUAAUGUGAUAUACCUGGAUGUUUGGUCAAUUUCCGUUGCCCACAACCACGAACAACUUCACCCAUACGGAGAUGCGUUCUUCAGUCAAAUUAAUCAAUUAAUGGCUUACAUAUGCUGA